AUCGGGGGCCGACGGCUACAACAUGCAUCUUCUAUCUCAUUGCAAGUCCAUGAGCCCCAAGCGCCUUCUACGCUCACAGACUAGUUUCUGUUUUUGAUUAAACACGUGAAAUCCAUGUUUUAAGCAACUGACCCUUCUAUUGUGGCCGCAUACAUUUGGAACAAAAAUCAGCACAUUGGCAAAAGUCCAUGUACAGAACAGACAUAGGAAGAACAGAAGUUGAUGCCAUCAUCAGAAACUCAUCCUAUUCAACAUCAUACAUUGGAUAGUGGGAUAACACAUAAUUGAUCCAAUCAUAUUCUGUAACAGCUAGCAUUCCCUUGGAAAUAGGUCUUAGAAUCUGAGAUUUAUAAGCAUAUUUAUUAGUGUGUAUUCUGGAAAUAAUGUCUGGUAGGAGUUUAGGUAGCAAAAUUAGGGCUAUGGAGAACUUCAACUGUAAUGCUCUUGUAACAGAGGCUUCAGCGAAUCACAUGAGGAGUUCUGAAGCUGGGAUGGUGCUUCCGCGUUGUCCCAAUUAAAAUAAGAGGGAUGGCCUAUGGCCUACUAGAUCCUACACUGACCAUUCAGCAGGCCUGGGCCUCCUUCUGGUAGGAAGCAUAACCUUGGGCAUGCCGCUUCCUUCUUACAGGGCAAUUCCUGAAGUGGGGCUCAGCUGUGAAAUGUUAGCAGCCAUCAUUUCAAAGAGUUAGGGUAGUAAGAACUUUGUCCUGAAGGUAGAUCUUGGCUGUGCACCAUGGCAUCCACUACAGGGUCUUUGGGAGUUUUGAAUGCAGGAGGCACCAAGAAAAGAUGGUCACAGGCAGCAGAAGCAGAGAUGAUAAAGAGACAAACUGAGUCAUGAAAAUGGUAGGGUUAUUACAGUAUGACCAACAAGGUAAUCAGGUUGCUACAACAGUUUUUGCACUUGAUCUUGGCCAAAAGGCGGAGAAGUAAUUUACAGCAGUUUUGGGAGAGGCUUUUGCAUCUUUAACAAUAAUAAAUGAUAUUUCAGGUCUUCAUAAAUGUUGUGCAAUUGCUGAAGCAAUUUUAAUUUCCCUCUUUCUUGCAAUCUGAAAAAGCAAAUGCGAAAAAUAUAGAUCUUAGGUAUUUAACUUUGAAGUGGAAGGAUAUUUUAUAAGAACAUGUACAGAAACUUUCUGUAAAAUUAAGACUUUUGGAGAAGGAAUUUGCUUAAAGCUCAAAAUUGUUUUAUCCUCCUGUUGAAUUGAGCAAUUUUUAAAAAUUAGUUACAGGUUAUAUCCCUAAGACUUUUUUUUUCUUAAAUUUUAUUUUUGCUGACAUAAAUACAGCUUCUAUAACUCUUUUGGUUAAUAUUCACGUGGUUUAUCUUGUUAACAGUGUUAGCUGUUAAGAGGAAAACAGCAUUGCAACAUUUCAGUACCAUUCACUCUUCAAAUGCAACUUUUCAGGCUACUUUCAAUUUCAUAUCUAUUGACUUUUACUGACACUUUCUUUUCGUACUCUUUUCCAUUCCAUCAACGAUCCGAGGGUAAGAAGAACGACCACACCCGAUUCUCCAAGAUGCACGUAGGUCAAGCUGCACUCCCUCUCACCUAGGAAGCCGCGCCAACGUGCUGACGUAAUGCGUAACUCUGACGUCAAGCCGUCAGGCCCACCCAUCAGAACUUGAGAUCUUGUGUGCGGUUACUUGCGGGGCAUCUUUAGUUUUGGUAUUGAAAGCCAGCAACAACGAGUACCAAAGGCAGGUCUUCGCGGACCCCUGCUUCACCAAAGUAAGAGGAUGGCCCAUUUCUCUGGCGAGGAUCAGACGAUGCUGCAGGCAAUGCUGAGGCAAUUGUUCCAGAGCGUGAAGGAGAAGAUCACCGGUGCUCCCUCCCUAGAGUGCGCCGAAGAGAUCCUCUUACAUCUGGAGGAAACUGAUGAAAAUUUUCACAACUAUGAAUUUGUGAAAUACCUUAGACAGCAUAUAUGUAACACUUUGGGGUCUAUGAUUGAAGAAGAAAUGGAAAAAUGGACAUCUGAUCAGAAUCAGGGGGAAGAAUCUGGCUAUGACACAGUUGUACAACAUGUUACUAAAAGAACUCAGGAAUCUAAAGAAUACAAAGAAAUGAUGCACUCCCUGAAGAACGUCAUGAUGAUAGUGGUGGAAUCUAUGAUUAACAAGUUUGAAGAAGAUGAGAUACGAAGUCAAGAAAGGCAGAAAAAAAUCCAAAAGGAGAAAAACAAUAGUUACUGCACAGACAAUUGCUCUGAUAGUGAUUCGUCCUUUAAUCAGAGUUAUAAGUUUUGUCAAGGAAAAUUACAGUUGAUUUUAGACCAGUUGGAUCCAGGGCAGCCUAAAGAGGUGAGGUAUGAAGCCUUGCAAACUCUGUGUUCAGCUCCGCCAUCUGAUGUACUGAAUUGUGAAAAUUGGACCACUCUCUGUGAAAAAUUGACAAUCUCUCUUUCAGAUCCUGAUCCUGUAUUCAGUGACCGGAUUUUAAAAUUCUAUGCACAGACAUUUACGCUUUCGCCGUUACAUAUGACCAAGGAAAUUUAUACAAGCUUAGCUAAAUAUUUGGAGUUAUACUUUGUUUCUAGAGAAAAUCAUAUUCCUACCGUUUCAACUGGUAUAGAUAUAACUAACCCUAAUGUGACCCGCUUACUUAAAAAGAUUCGCCUUCUAAAUGAAUAUCAGAAGGAGGCUCCAUCUUUCUGGAUUCGUCACUCUGAGAAGUAUAUGGAAGAAAUUGUGGAGAGUACUUUGUCCUUAUUAUCGGUUAGACAUGAUCAAAGCCAUCUUGUCUCACAAAAGAUUUUGGAUCCAGUCUACUUUCUUGCGUUAGUUGAUACCAAGGCUGUGUGGUUCAAAAAGUGGAUGCAUGCAUAUUAUAGCAGAACUGUAGUAUUAAGACUUCUUGAAAAGAAAUAUAAAUCUCUGGUAACUACAGCAGUUCAGCAGUGUGUUCAGUACUUUGAAUUAUGUGAGACCAUGAAAGCUGAUGAGAUUUGGGGACAUUCAAAGCAUUUUGGGAACAAACAGAAAACUUUCUACUACUCAGGACAAGAAUUACAAUAUAUUUAUUUCAUCCACUCACUGUGCCUUUUGGGAAGAUUAUUAAUCUAUACACAUGGCAGAAAGCUAUUUCCCAUAAAGCUGAAGAAUAGAAAAGAUUCAGUAUCGCUUACAGAUCUUCUGGUACUGUUUACUCAACUUAUUUAUUACGCACCAAGUUGUCCGAAGAUAACAUCAGCUCCACGUUUAGAGAAUUACGCUCCCGCAAGUAUGGUGACUGAAGUUCUGCGCAUACUCUGUGAUCACAAAGAAUGUGCAAUUGAAUGCUUAUAUAACAACACUGUUGUUGAGGCACUUCUUCAGCCUGUGCAUAAUUUAAUGAAAGGAACUAAGUCUGCUUCAAAUUGCUCUGAAACAGCUUUAAUUCAUAUAGCUGAUAUUUUGGCAAGAAUUGCAUCCAUAGAAGAAGGACUUACCUUACUUCUUUAUGGAGAAAAUAUGAACUCUUCUGAAGAAAAAUGUUCUACAGGUGCUCAUAUAAUUGCUCAGUUUUCAAAAAAACUUCUUGAUGAAGAUAUUUCUAUUUUUUCUGGAUCGGAAAUGUUGCCUCUGGUUAAAGGAGCUUUUAUUUCUGCGUGUCGUCAAAUAUAUGGUACAUGUGAAGGCUUGCAGGUGUUAAUUCCUUACAGUUUGCAUGAAUCUAUAGCAAAGGCAUGGAAGAAGACAAGUUUGCUAUCAGAAAGAAUUCCUACUCCAGUAGAAGGUUUGGAUUCUGUUUCUUCAGUAAGCCAGGAAUCCCAAAACAUUAUGGCUUGGGAAGAGAAUUUGUUAGAUGAUUUACUAAAUUUUGCUGCUACCCCCAAAGGACUACUGCUUCUUCAGAGAACAGGUGCUAUCUAUGAAUGUGUGACAUUUAUGUUCAACCGAUAUGCAAAAAAAUUACAGAUCAGCAGGCAUAAAAAAUUUGGCUAUGGAGUUUUGGUUACACAAGUGGCAUCAACAGCAGCAGGUGCAAUAGCACUGCAAAGUUCAGGGUUCAUUAAUGCGCUUAUAACUGAAUUAUGGGCCAAUCUGGAAUGUGGAAGAGAUGAUGUUAGAGUAACCCAUCCAAGAUCUACUCCGGUGGAUCCUAUUGACCGAAGCUGUCAAAAGUCUUUUCUAGCACUGGUGAACUUGCUAUCUUAUCCUGCUUUUUAUGAGCUGAUAGGCAAUCAAGAUCUUCCUAAUAAAACAGAAUACUCUCUUCGUGAAGUCCCAACGGGUGUUAUUAAUGUUAUUGAUAGACUUAUAAUUUUGAAUUCUGAAGCUAAGAUUCGUUCUCUAUUCAAUUAUGAACAAUCACACAUCUUUGGUCUAAGGUUAUUAAGUGUUAUAUGCUGUGAUCUAGACAUUCUUCUUCUAUUAGAGGCUCAGUAUCAAGUAUCUGAAAUAUUACUAAAUGCUCAAGAAGAAAAUAUCAUAGAGACCUCUGAGAGCCACAGGAAUUUUAUAAUUGAUGGCUUAUCGGUGGAGAGAAAUCAUCUUCUUGUUAGAAUGAAUCUUAUCGGUGGGCCAGUGGAACGAAUUUUACCUCCUAGGAUACUAGAAAAGGGUGAUGAUCCAUAUCCUUGGCCAAUGUUUUCAUCAUAUCCUUUACCAAACUGCUAUCUGUUGGAAGUUCCAAGAAAUGCUGAUCUAAAACAAGAUGAUGAUCUUGAAAAACUUUUAUUACACUUCAAGAUGUCUGAUAAACAAACCGAGUGGAUAGAAAACUGCCGCAGACAAUUUUGCAAAAUGAUGAAGACCAAGCCUGAUACAAUCAGUGGAGGUGCUUUAGUAGAAUUACUUGAAAAAUUUGUGCUUCAUCUCUCCGAAAGCCCUUCAGAAUGCUACUUCCCCUCAGUGGAAUAUGCAGCUACUGAUGCAAAUGUGAAGAAUGAAAAUCUUUCAUCUGUGCAGCAGCUUGGCAUUAAAAUGACUGUCAGAUAUGGCAAGUUCCUCAACCUGUUAAAAGAUGAUGCAGAAAAUGAUCUUACCUGGAUUUUAAAGCACUGUGAGAGAUUCCUGAAACAGCAGCAAGCUCCUAUAAAAUCUUCUCUUCUCUGCCUGCAGGGGAAUUAUCCUGGUCAUGACUGGUUUGUAUCUUCUUUGUUCUUGAUAAUGUUGGGGAACAAAGAGAAAACAUUUCGAUUUCUUCAGCAGUUCUCCAGGCUUCUGACCUCUGCUUUCCUUUGGUUGCCAAGACUACAUAUUUCUAGGUACCUACCUAUCGACACUAUAGAAUCUGGCAUCCAUCCAAUAUAUUUUUGCAGCACUCACUAUAUUGAAAUGCUACUGAAGGCAGAGGUGCCACUUGUGUUUUCAGCUUUCCACAUGUCUGGUUUUGCACCGUCACAGAUUUGCCUUCAAUGGAUAACCCAGUGUUUUUGGAAUUAUUUAGAUUGGCUAGAAAUCUGCCACUAUAUUGCUACUUGUGUUUUCCUUGGUGCUGAUUAUCAAGUGUAUAUCUGUAUAGCUAUAUUCAAACAUCUACAGCAAGAUAUUCUUCAGCACACUCAGACUCAAGAUCUGCAGGUUUUCUUAAAAGAAGAAGCACUACAUGGGUUUCGAGUGAGUGAUUACUUUGAAUACAUGGAAAUUUUGGAACAAAGCUACCGACCAGUGUUAAUGAGAGACAUGCGGAACAUCAGAGUGCAGAGCACAUAGAUCAUUAGAGGCACUGGAUAAUUUUAUGUUUUAUUUAUUUUUAAAAGAAACAGUGGGACUUGAUUGUUUUCUGUCUGUGUCCAUAACAACAUACGCUUUGUGAAUACACAUAUUGUAAAUCAAUACUGAGAGAUUUUUAAUAAUAUUUCUAAGUAGGUACUAGCUCAAUUUUUGACAUGAAAUGAAUUCAUUUUUACAAAUUUGUUGUUUUAUAUGGUGGUUUUAGAAUCCGAUCUAGGUUACUUAUGGUUCUUUAUGUUUAAGACCUAGUUCCAACCUAUAUCUCUCCUCCUUCACCAAAUGAGCAAAAUAUUUUUUUGCCAAUGAGUUUGGAAAGAAGCAGCACUAUAGAGACAAGGAAAAGCCAGUUUUCUUUUUUAUGUCAGCACAUACAAAGAAAAUAAAACCACAACUGCUUAUUUUCCACGUGGAGGAACAAAUGAUAUUUAUCAUGGCAAGUUGUAGGAAAACUAUUGUCCUCAGACAUAAUUGUUUUUCUAGGAAUUGCUUUGAUACUUAUAUCAAUUUAUAUUUUUUCACAUGAAAUGUAGUCUCUACAUGGUUCAUUUAAAAGAUAGAUUGGUUAUUUCAUACUGAUAAGCAUUUGACUCUUUUGUUAUGCAUUUUCCUUGGUGAUAGAUUUGAUUUGUACUCAACUAGAAAACAUUAAGGAGAAUAGAUUUCUAAAUUAUUUUAAAUGACUAACACUAUGUUUUAUUUAAAUAGAAGUCUCUGCUUCAAUGAGAUUAGUACAAUAUGCAAGGGUCUGCUUUCUUAUUACUGUCACAUUUAAUAUAUGAAAAGUAAUACACACAAAAAAUUAUUUUUUAGUCAUCAAUUUUAGCAAGUUUUUAAAUCAACCAUUAAAAACAUUCUAAAGCUUUCCCCUUUUCAACCAAAAAUGGCUCAUCCACAAACUCAUUUUUCCUUUUAGUAAGAUGAAACAACUAGUACAAUACAGUUCUCAAUUUUGUGAUAUUUAGGCUCUUGCAAUAUCAACCUUCCAAAAUCAGGUUUUAUGCUGUAAAUGCUAACAAUAGCUUUUCAGUAAUGGUAUUCCUAAAGGGCACUGAAAAAGUUGUAAAAAGAAAAUUGAGCAACUUAAUUUGACAUAUUGCUUAUUCUACCUCUGGCUAAUAUGAGUUAAGUGAGUCCUAGGUGUCUUAAAACACCAAGCUUAGUCCACUUUCAAACUUAAUUUUGAAAGCUCUUGUGCAGAACCUGUAAUACAUGUUCAUGGAUUCAUUUGCCCCCAUUUUGUUCCCGAGUUAUUGUCAUUGGUCCUAAGAAAUUGCAGCUUUAUUUCUUAUUAUUCGGGAAUACAAAUGGAGAAAAAACUGUAACUUAAUUUUACAAUAUUCAUUAGUGAUUUUGAUUAGAAACUGAAAUAAGAUCUAGAUAAUAGCAAUUACAUUUUGGAAAAAUGACUUUAGCUGAAGCCAGAAGGCUUUUGUUUUCAUUUGAUAAAUAUCUUAAAAUAUCUUAUGAACAGUGACAUGAUCAAUGAUAUGAACAAUGAGCAAUUUAUUUGGUGAAAUAAAAUGUAAAAUAUGGUAGUUUGUGAA